AUGGGUGAGAAUUAUAUAGUUGAGUUGGAGGACUUCCACCGUCGCAUUAGCACAUUCCAGACGGAUCAUUUUGAUCGAGAAGUGGAAGGCUUGGGGUAAGUUAUUGUUAUUCUUUUCAUGUUAUUGGUGUUUAGAUCACUGGCUCGAGAACUAGCAGAACGUGAAAGAGAUGCCACAGCUAAAUUGAUUGAGGAGAAGAACAAAAAUGAUGCUAUUGUAAGUGUUUUCAGUGAUUGUUUUAUGUUUUAGGGGAUAUUAGCUGAUUGUGGUGUUGAUCGAAUGAAAGCGAAUCGUUUUGCUGUAAAUUAGCUAUUGUUUUAGAAGGGAAAGGUAAAUAAGGGUAGCAGCUUGUCGUAAAUUACUUUUUAUAUUGUUUUGACUAUAAAAACGUUUAGUUUUGUUAUCUUAUUUAGCUUUAUAAUGCACUAGAUCAAAAUUCGUGUGUCUUUAAGGGUUCUAAAUCAAAAAUGUUUUAUUACGUUAGUUUUUUAUGGAAUAAUAACGAAUUUAAAAUUAUUUUUACAUUUUUUCCGCAGACAAAAACUUUUUUUAAGGUUAUAUUACACUUCAUAUCAUUUUUUGUUUAUUAAAAGUUUUGUGCGGAAUUUAAGGUUAAGGUAUGAUAUUAUGUUUUUUACAUAUUUUAUCUUUUGAGUAACGUUUGACAUUAAUUUUUUAACAUAAUGAGAGCAUCUGCUUGUUAUACAGCGGCAAAUUUUAAUAUUAUUCUUACCUUUUUUCCAGAAAUCUAAUUUUACCUAUAAAUUAUGCAAAUUUGGUUGUUUUUCAGUAUCGACAGAACAAAGAGAUAGUGAAGGAAGUGGAGAAGCUUCGUCGAGAACUGACCCAGAAGAACAAGCUGUUGGCCGAGUUGAAGAGCGAUCAAAUGGCAUUGAAGAUGUCGAUCAACGAGAAACCCGAGGAUUCGGCCGAAGUUUUGGAGCUGCGUAAACGAGUGACCGAACUGACCCAUCGCUUGCAAACUGUGAGUCGUGUUUUUGCAUAUUUAUUGUUAGCGUUCGUUUUGGUCACAUUCUUCUGAUGCGUUUCGCGCCGCUUUCGGCGGCGUUUCCUAAUAUUCUAAUAUGUUAUUUCUAAUAUUAUUCAAAAUACUUGAUUUUAUCUAUGAGAUUUUUGAGUUUAUUGUUGAUGCAUUGAUUGGAUUUGAAGUAGGCUAAUUUUGAAUUUGAAAAUUGGAUGGGAAAAUGAGUUUUUUGAUUAAUAAUGUUGAAAAAUGGGUAGAAUUUGGUUGUUUUGUGGACAAACUUAUGUAAAUUAGACUGCUGAUUUGGUUUUUUUGGUGAUUCAGGGACUAAAAGGUAAAGCGGAAGAUGGGAAACACUGAAGUUUAUCUGUUUCUGUUUUACUUCUAACGUUACGGAUGUUAUAGUAGACGCCUACUUCUAAUGCUAUUAUAAACUUUCUUCUCCUAGGGCUAUAAUAAACUUUUAAACAUAAAUUUAAUUACAACUUGGGGUUAUUUACAAAAUUUUUGAUUGUGGAAAGAAAGUUAUUGCCUAUUUUUAGCGAACUGACGAAAAUCAACAACUGAAUUUACAACUGGAACAGUAUAAAAACCAAUGUGAAUGCUACAAGAAGAAAUGUAUCGAAAUGGAGAAUGGGCGACAUGGCUAUUCAGACACAAGUGUAAGUUCUUUUACUGUUUUAUAUUGGUUUAAAGUAAACUUUAAUUAUGUUAUUGGUAUGUCAAAAGCAUGUUAUUGGAUGAGUUUGAUAUAUAAACUAGUUUUUGAUUAAUAACUAAAUGCUAACGACGUUGUUGAUGAAGAAAUGUUUUAACUUAUUUGUUUUAGAUAGUAGGAAGUCUACAACAUGCCUUAGAAACAGAAGAUAAUUUAAACAAGCAGCUAAACGAAGAGCUAGACAAGUGCCGAGCUCGUUGUGCAGAACUCGAGAAGGCUCUACAAGAAAGCAUAACCGAGCUAGAUCAAGUACGUACCAGCUCUCAAACCCUAACUAAAGAGCUAGAAGAACAAGGUCAAUCUAUGGAUGAGGUUCACAAGAUCCUUGGCAACGAGAUUAGUUUGGUUAAACAACAAAAAGCUAAGUUGAGGUGCGACUUCCUCAAACUCAAAAGCGAUUUGGUGGCUAAAGAACGAGAAUUGGAGACAAUGGAGAAGGCGCACAAAGAUACGUUGAGGGACUUGGUUGAUAUGCAAAAGGAUGUUAAUAUCGAAAAGAAAUUGAGGCAGUCGGCUGUCAAUGAUCUUGAAGUAGCCAAGAAGAGUGAAAAAGAGCUGAGGGAGAAGUUGGAGAAGAUUGAAGCUGAGUCUAAGGGAGAAACUGAGAAGUUGAACUCACUUAUUGUUAAGUUGGAAGAUCAGACGACCAAGUUGAAGGACUUUGUCAGACAACAGGAUAAACAAUGCGAGGAGUUGGCGGUAAGGGAGGGUUUGGUGGAUGUUAGUGGCUCAGGGAGAUUUUUUGUUAAAUUUGAUUGAAGUUUGAUUGGCUUUAGUGUUGGGCUAGCAAUUUUGGUCUUUUGUUACCUAAAAAAGUUGAGAUAUUGAUUUUUUUGAAAAUAAAAUGAAACUUAUAUAUAAAGCUUAAUUUUUAAAGAGUGUUUAUUCACAAAGUCAGGCAACUAUUACCUAAAAAUGAUUUCAGAACCAGGUACAAUUCUUCGCUGAUGAAAUGGAAACAUGGAAGCAGAAAUGCGCUUCCAAAACCGAUGAAAUUGCUGAGUUAAGACGCCGAAUAACGAAUGUUGAGAUUCAGAAGGUGGAAAUGGACAAAUUAAAGGAAGAACUUGGCCGUACUAAGGAUAAAAUGGCAUUGAAGGAGGUAUGUGAUUAUCUUUAGUGUUCUGUUUAUCAUUGAGGGUCUUGUGUUUGAAUUGAUGAUGUUUUUGAUAAAAUUCUUGUCUAAAUUUUGGAUAACAAUGAGGUUUAUGUUUUGAGAUGCUUACAAAUCUUGUUUGGGUUAUUUUAUGAAAUUUUUGGAAAAAAAGAUAAGUUUUUGGUAAAAUACGAAGCUGUGUAUAUAUAAUUUUAAAAGUACAGCAAUUUAUGCGUAUAUGUAUUUUAAUAAUCCUUCAAUUCUAGCGAGAAGUCAAGACCCUUCAUGUCGAAUAUCGCGGAGAAUUGGCAGAUCUAACCAAGAAGUUGGCCUUGGCUCAGAAAGAAAACUUUGCUGCACCAGCUAAGCGACCGGUCGAAGAGAAACUCAAUGUCUUUGUUGAGAAUCAGAAGAAACAAUUGGAACAGGAGUUGGCAGCUGAAAGACGAUUGCUAAAGGAAAGGACAGCGGAGCUGAACGUUUUAAAACGAGAGGUACGGGUUGGUUUUUGAAAAGUUUUAGGGUUUAGGGGGUGGGUUAGUAUAAUAUUGUUGUUAUGUAGUUGGUAUAAUGUUGGCUUUUGGUUGUUAAAGUAGGUUGAUUUCUACAAUGAGGUAAAGUAAAAUAUUACAUUUUUGUAAAGUAAAAUAAAAUUUUGACAACUAUGAUAAGCUAAACUUAUCAAAAGGAGCUUAUUUCAGAAGGACAACUCCUCGAUGGAAUCAGAUUUGAAGCGAAAGACAAUGGAAGCGGCCAAAGCAUUGAACGACGCCGUUAUUAAGCUACAAGCUAAGAAUGAAGAAUUGUCACAAAUCAAAUCAGAAAAGGCUGAAAAAGAAAAGGAAUUGGAACGAAUUUACUGUCAGCUGGUAGGUUUUAGUACCUAAUUUAAAAUUUUUGUAUAAGGCGCCAGAAGGCUUUAAAAUGACUCAAAAAUUUGAUUUUGUUACCUAAAUUUAGCUAUUUUUUCAAUUUUUCAGGAAGACCGAGAAGAAGACCUCCACGAACUGCGAAACAAAUUCACAAAAACCGAAGAAACGAUGCUGUACUGGAAGAAUAUGUACGAACGUCGCCUUCAACCAGCAGCUUCAGAAUCCGACGACGCUUCAGUCUUCACACAAGAGCCAUUAGACAAGGAGAAUCGACUAGAAUACGACGAUGAAGAGCCUAUUGACAGUGACAGUUCAAAGUCACAAACUUUGAAGUACGGAAUGAUGCGACACGAAAUAGCACACAGAUUCAAGAGAGUCUGGAUGGCGAUGCAAAAGAAGUCGUACGAGUGUGCACGGUGCAGGGAAAACCUGCCAGCGGUUUCGACCGCUGCUAAGUGUAGAGGUAAGGACACGGGGCUGAGAUUUAGACUGAUAACAAUACAUUAAAUCAUUAUUUUGGAGAAAUAUUAGGUUUAAAAAGUCUUGUCGUCAUUUUACAUAGACUUGUAUGUUAAAAAACGACAAAACUUUUUAUUUUUAAAAUGAUUAUAGAAAUGUUUAGCUGAUAAAUUAAAACUGUUAUAUUGCCUUACCUUUUCAGACUGUAACAUCUACGCCCACUUGGCCUGUGCUCGAAGAAUGGGCAAAACCUGUGGCCUACCAGCCGACUAUGCCCAACUCUACGUCGACGCAGUAACAGAACAGAAUAUCUUUGCCGAACAACACCAACGAUCGACACGAUACGACGAACGAAUGGAUACGAUGUGA